CACAAUUCUAACAGAGAGGGAACAUUAUUCGACGGGGAACGGACUUCGACGCGACACGGACUCGUAGAGUGAUAAGAGGGGGUAGGAUAGGAACCAGUGAAGCUGUCUUUUAAAACGAACUUGUGGUAUUUGGGUCGUCUAAGAAAGUAGUUUUAAACAGUUAUCAAAACGAUGGGAAACCGGAUCGCCCGUGAAGACUACGAAUGGGUGUAUACGGACCAGCCGCAUGCCGACAGGAGAAAAGAGAUCCUGGCCAAAUACCCAGAAAUCAAGUCGUUGAUGGGUCCUGACCCAAGGCUGAAAUGGGUUGUGUGCAUGAUGGUGUUUAUACAGUUUUUAGCUUUCUACCUGGUCAAAGACUUGAACUGGAAAUGGGUUUUGUUUUGGACUUACGCGUUUGGUAGCUGCAUCAACCACUCAAUGACCCUUGCUAUUCACGAAGUCUCCCACAACACUGCCUUUGGAAACAGCAAGGCCAUGUGGAACCGCUACUUCGCCAUGUUUGCCAACCUGCCCAUUGGCUUGCCAUACUCUGCCUCCUUCAAACGCUAUCAUUUAGACCAUCACCGCUACCUGGGAGGAGACGGAGUAGAUGUAGACAUUCCCACUGAGUUUGAAGGCUGGUUCUUCUGCACACCCUUCCGCAAAUUCAUCUGGAUUAUUCUGCAGCCACUGUUCUAUGCCAUAAGGCCCCUCUGCAUCAACCCCAAACCCAUCACUCAGCUGGAGAUGACCAACGUGGCCUUCCAACUCACCUUUGACGUCCUGCUCUACUGGCUAUGGGGGGCCAAGCCUGUGAUCUAUAUGCUGGCUGGCUCAAUGCUAGGGAUGGGCUUGCAUCCCAUCUCUGGGCACUUCAUAGCUGAGCACUACAUGUUCCUCAAGGGCCAUGAGACCUACUCUUACUAUGGCUCCCUCAACCUGCUCACCUUCAAUGUGGGCUACCACAAUGAGCACCAUGACUUCCCCAGCAUCCCGGGACGGAGGCUACCCAUGGUGAAGAAAAUAGCUGCAGAGUAUUAUGAUGACCUGCCUCAGUACACAUCAUGGGUGAAGGUCCUGUACGACUUCAUCAUGGACGAUACACUGAGCCCAUACUCUCGAGUCAAGAGGAAGCUUAAGGGCGAUGUCAAACAGGAAUAACUUCACCAAAAGCUUCUGCGGCGUCCACCAUGACAGCAUCCUGGUUCACUAUUGCAUAAACUUAACAGCUUCUGCAUAUUAAUACAUUUUUCACGUGAAAUAAGGGUGAAGACUGUGUACAUGGGUUUGGAAGUGUGCUUUUCCUCCACAAGAGAAAAUAGUGGCAAUUAUUUGUUAACAAGGUCAGAAAAACCAAGCCCAGUGAUGUUACAUUGAAAAUAUAAGAGUUUGCAGUUUGUUAUUGUGAUUAUAGGCAGCACAUAGGGCUGGUUGCAUAAACACGUUGGUUUAGAUUAAAUAAGUAGUUUGACUUGAGAUAGGCAUUUAAUCUGCUAUCUAUUAUUCUAAGUAAAACUAUUUAUAUUGGCAUGAAGUUAGGUACAGACAUUCGUGCCCCCCUCAGGAUGAAUUGUAAUCCCUUUGGUCAUCUCCCAACUUUUCAGAGUUUGAAUUUGUCUACCACUUUGCUUUAAAACUUACCCCAAAUGUCUAAUGAAGAUGUCUGUAUUGUCUUCAGUCUCCUUCAUGGUUGUCAGAUGACGUGCUUCCAUUCUAUCUUGUGUGCUAGUGUGUACAGGAUGUGUGAGGAUCAUUGUACAUUGAGUCUAUUGUCAACAUCUCUGAGACAUUCCAAUAUUAACAAACUGCUGGAAGACAUGCUUCUGAAAUACUGGCAGUGGACAUUAAAAUCACACUGGAGACAUGGCAGAACCAGAAUGUGAUGCUGUCACAACCAUUGGACAUGAGGGGUUAUGACAUAGCCAUCAGAUUGUCCUAUACCUACCAUGCCGACACACUAAGAUGGUGACCAUGGUAAACACAAUACCUUCUAAACAUCCACACUAAAAUGGUGUUAACGCCAGUGUGAGCGUGUUCGCUUGUUGAUGUUAACAUACAGUACAAUUGUUCAGCCUCAGCUGCUAGCAUGGCUGUAGACUCUUGAUGGUUGUAUACUGUUGAAUAUUAUAAAAGGGGCAGUAGAGUUCACUCUCUCAUAAUGUUUAAAAAUGAAGUUUAUGAGGAACUGUAUCUGGUGAUUCACUGUGAGAAUUGGGGGUGAAUGUCUCUUGUGCUCACAAUUUUUUUAAUGGCUUUAAUGACUAAAUAAGUGUUAAAAAGCAUCAGUGAUGCAGCCUGAGAGAACAAAAAAAGUAUUUUCCUUACUAUCAUAACAUGCUCCCUCUCUUUCCCUCUUUUGUGCCUAGUGAAAACAUUUGCCUUACAAGGACCAUAUACUAAAAACAUUCAUGAGUGUAGCAAAAAAGUAUUUUGAAGGUGUUACUAAUCACAUUUCUGGCUGCAUGGCAUUAGUAAACCAUAUAUUGAGCCACUGUCCUCUGCUUGCCAGCUGCUUUAUCAGUUUUUAGUAGUAACAAGUUUUUUAAGAUGCAUUAGGCUGGUAAGAUAAAACUAGCCCAAUUAUAGACCAGUCUAAGAUCUCUUUAUGCAACCAGCCCCAGAAAUUAAUCACCAAGAUAGCUAUUCAUACAACUAGAAUUAAGCUAAUCCUGUAUGGUGACCAACUGCAGACCAUGAAUACCGUAGAUAUCAGAAUGAGCACAGACUCCAUUUGCAACCUAUAGUGGGAGGGCAACAACAUGACCUCCAAAUAUAGAGUUAAUGUCAAACGAUAGAUUUGCUAUUCGUGGACAGCAUCUCUGUCUAUGUGCAUGUGUCUCAAUGUGGACCAAAGUUGAACUGAGCGAAUCCUCUCAUUAAUGACCCCUCCAUAUAAAUUGAGUUUGUUGCAACAUAUUGCUGUCGUGUGUGAGAUCUGCCGUUUCAUAUCCCAUGUAUGGAGUUUUGGGCUUUAUCACAUGUAUUACUUGCUUUAUGUGUUGAAUGUAAAAGUUAACCUUGCCCAUGUCCCUCUUUUCCCCACAAUCACGCUGCUUUUUAACAUGCAGCACUUUAAUGUUCCUUGACACUGUACAACCUGUUGUCAUGCUUAUGUUCAAACUGUGUAACACUCAGAUGAGUCAGUUUGAGGUUGUGUUGUAUGUGAGAUGGAAAUGCAUUACCCAUCAGUGCCUCAGAACAUUGUUAAUAAUUCAGUUAGUUCAGUUAGUAGUCUUACUCUAAAUUUUAGGAAUUUACUCAGUUUGAUGAAAAGCUGUAUGCCAAGAAUUGACUUCCUCAAGGUUGUACAGGCUGUAGCAUGUAGGUCAUGUCCUGUGUUCUAAAUUUUUAAUUAGGAGAUUAAAUAUGGCUGCAUUGGUUGAUUCUAUUAUUUUUAUAUUCAUUAGUUAACGCUGACUGCCUUAAAACCAAUAAAAUUAAUGAAGAAAUAAAAUACUCGCUAUUUACAGUGUUAUUCCGGCAGUGUAAAGAAGAAUUUAGACCAAGGCCUCAAACCCAAACUACCUGGGUGUCACAGGCCAUGUUGUUCUCUUCUAGGGGUUUUAAAAUAUAUAUAUAUAUAUAUAUAGUGUCCAACUAAAUCAGGAUAUUUCCAAGUGCUUCAAAAGCCGACUGGACUUGCUUGAGGUUCUAGAAGACGAAGUUGUUGAUCCACGCAGGCUUUCCUGCUGAGUUAUCGAUCCAAAGCUGACAGUUUCCAGAAGACUUCCAUGACAUGGCUGAUGACGACAGUUUAACUGUGUAUUGAAAUCCCCAGAUCAAGCAGGCAAGUGGACCUUGAUAGUUGGAAUUGUUUCAUGUUUCAUUUUUCUGCCUCCUGAACCACAGUUGUCUGAUAUUUUGUCCACCUGAGCAAAACACCUAACACAUAAUGCAUUCCAAUACAAUGCCAUUAUAAAUUACAGCCUUAAAAUUAUGCCAGUCCUGAAAUGAUUGACCAAUGACCUAUUAUUAUUACUGACAACAAAAUUAUUAGUGGACUGUUAGGACUACAUCACAAUCUACAGGUGUUAAUUUUUGUGUACGUCACUAUUGAUGUCUACGGUGUCUAUGGUUAUACUGCAAUACAAAUAAAAUCAUUAAUAACACAGUAUUAGAAGUAACUAGA